AUGUUUUCAUCAGGGUACGCUGAUUUUUUAACGAUUUCGUUGGGGUACAUCUAUCUAUCUAUCUAUCUAUCUAUCUAUCUAUCUAUCUAUCUAUCUCAAACUGUUCCUUAUCUAUCUAUCUACCUACUGUUCAUUAUCUAUCUAUCUAUCUAUCUAUCUAUCUAUCUAUCUAUCUAUCUAUCUCUAUCCCAGUCUGUUCCCUAUUCAUCUAUCUAUCUAUCUAUCUAUCUAUCUAUCUCAUUUCAUCUAUCUAUUGUCUAUCUAUCUCAGACUGUUCAUUAUCUAUCUAUCUAUCUAUCUAUCUAUCUAUCUAUCUAUCUAUCUAUCUAUCUAUCUAUCUCAGUCUGUUCAUUAUCUAUCUCAGACUGUUCAUUAUCUAUCUAUCUAUCUAUCUAUCUAUCUAUCUAUCUAUCUAUCUUAGACUGUUCAUUAUCUAUCUAUCUAUCUAUCUAUCUAUCUAUCUAUCUAUUUCAUCUAUCUAUCGAUCUCAGACUGUUCAUUAUCUAUCUAUCUAUCUAUCUAUCUAUCUAUCUAUCUAUCCCCCAGUCUGUUCCUAUCCAUCUAUCUAUCUAUCUAUCUUGUUAUGUUCAUAUCUGUCUGUCUGUCUUAUUCUGUUCAUAUCUAUCUAUCUAUCUAUCUAUCUAUCUAUCUAUCUAUCUAUCUAUCUAUCUCAGACUGUUCAUUAUCUAUCUGUCUAUCUAUCUAUCUAUCCGAUAUGAAUGGCUUUAUUGCCUUGCUUGGGAUGAAAAAUUAAAAACAAUUUAUCUAUCUCCAUAUGCUUAUCUAUCUAUCUAUCUAUCUAUCUAUCUAUCUAUCUAUCUAUCUAUCUCAGACUGUUCAUUAUCUAUCUAUCUAUCUAUCUAUCUAUCUAUCUAUCUAUCUAUCUAUGCUUAUAUAUUAUCGUAUGCAUUAUCCUAUUAUAAAGAAUUGAUUAACUUCAUUUCUUAA